AUGGUGGCACGUGCUCCGCUCCGCACACUUGCUCAUGCCCGAGAGGAUUUACUGGCACGACUUGUACCAUUCGUAGAGUGUGGAGGUCAAAUCAGUAAUGCACAAGGGAUUGUUGAGUUUCCUCUCAUAUUAGAAAACGAGGACAUCCAUUGCAACUGGAGCAUUGUUGCACCGCCAGGAUAUAAAGUAGCUUUAGAAAUAGAAAAUUUUCAGCCAUUGUCGAAUUCCUAUUCUCAGUGCCACUUCGCCAACUUAACGUUUUGGGAUCGUCACUUAGACAACGGCUAUCCAGCUUUUUGCGAGCCUCAAAGCGACAGCCGUACGAAUCCGAAAAAGAUUAUUUCGUUGUUUAGAACUCUAAAUUUUACAUACUUUCGAUCAGCAUAUGGUCACGGAGGACAGGGAUUUCGUAUCAACUAUCACACAUUUGGAGUGCUGCGUCAAGGCUCUGUUGCGAGAGUGAAUGUAAUGUUAAUGUCAAUGCCAAAGGAAACCGUUCAAGUUACAGCUCAACUGUUCGACCCAACCAACUGGCAGUUGAUAUGUGAAGCUGACCGUACUUUUGAUACAGGACUAGAUGAGACGACGAAGACUGAUGAAGUGUGGAUGUCGCUGGAAAUUCCGUCCGAUCUUCAACCUUCUCGGUACCGACUCAACGUCACCGCUGUUUCUGGUGACAAAACUUUCUUCAGUAAAAGUGCUAUCGUGGGUGUGGCGCCAAAGGGUCCAACGAUAUUUAUUCAAACUGAUAAGCCGGUUUACAAGCCUGGACAAACAGUUCGAAUGAGAAUUGUUGCCCUCGAUUUCGAAAUGAAACCUUACAAAGGAAACGUAACAAUAGAGAUAUCGGAUGGUCAUGGUACUAAAGUACAACAAUGGAUAGACAAAUCGCCGCUCACAGGAAUUGUUCCUUUAUCGUUUCCCUUGUCCGACGAGCCAGUUGCUGGAGUGUGGAACGUUUCGGUAUUCGCACUAUAUCCACCAGCAGUGGAGAAAUCUAAAGUUCAAACUUUAUGUUUUCAAGUCAAAGAAUACGUACUACCAAAAUUCGAAGUAACAGUCAUCGUUCCACCUUACAUUGUAACUACAUACAAGACAGCUCCCGUAACGGUUGUAGCAAAAUACACUUAUGGAAAACCGUUAAAAGGCAUGGCUUGUUUAACUGCAAAAUCUGUAUACGACUAUCGUUAUCUACCUCGAACACGUGCGUCAAAAACAUGCAAAAAGAUCGAUGGAAUAACCGACUUCAACAUGUUAUUAGGAUCGAAAUUUUAUGUAUCUAGUAGUUACUAUAAGCGAUAUUUGUCCCACGUCGAGUUCAGUGUAACAGUAAUAGAAAAAGGAACACAGACAACGAUCAACGCAACAGAGACGGCAGUUACAUCCGAAUAUGAUUAUGUUGUCAGCUUCCUACCAGGAUCACCCAGAAUGUUUAAACCAGGACUGCCUUUCACCAUAAAAGUCAAUGUAAUGACUCCUGAUUUGGUGCCGUUUUUCAAUCGGACAAACGUCACCAUUGACUUGUUUGUAUCGCAAUAUCCAUCAAACAGAAGAAUUCAUUCUAAUGUUGUUGAGGCUAUUAACGGUACGGCAGAAUUUGAAGUGUUUUUGGAAGGAAAUCAUUUUAGUAACGACAUAAUCGCAAACGCGAUAGUCGAUUUCGCUAAUACAGCGACUCACACAAUUCAAGUAAAUGGUUUUAUCAGUAAAGCCCAGAUCACCACCAGAUCAGAAAAAGGAUUAUUAUUUCCUGGUAGUAAUGAGUUGACAUUCUACACAACUGAAGCGGUCGAAACAAAUUUGUUUUUGCUGGCAUCCUCAAACGGAGCACUACUGCGUUCAUGGACUAAAACAGUGAAAGCGGAAAAGUCUGGAAAGUAUUCGGGAGUAUACCAAUUUGGUGUUUCUAUUGAUGUCAGCUGUGCAAUGACUCCUCAGUUUCAUCUCGUUUCCUACUAUAUCGGAGAGAAAAACACUGCAAUUGCUGAUGUCAUCACAUUGAGAGUGCAGCCCUGUUUUCAACACAAGGUCAACGUGGCGUUUAGCUUAAAUGAAACAAAACCUGGAAGAAACAUACAGAUGUCGAUAACAGCAGAUCCUGCUUCGAUGGUAUUAGUUGAAAUGUCAAAAUACGACGUUCAGUCUAGCAUUUCCGACGACGACGAAACGGGUCUGUAUAGUUUAAUCGACCCGGUAACCGGUGGUUUGAGAGACUGGUGGAGAUCGUGGUGGCCCAACACUGAAUAUCCUCAAUCAUUUCGAUCUGCAGGUAUAGCAGUCAUGAGCAGUUACGACUUUGGAGGUAAAAAUGUUUCUCACUUCAAACGUCAAAUUGGUUUGGGUGACAGCGGAGAAGACGAGGAAGGUGGUUUAGCUGGCAUUGGCAGAGUAAGAACUUUCUUUCCUGAAACGUGGCUGUGGGAAGAUCACAUCGCAGAUGCUAACGGCCAUGUGGUGUUGAACUUGACAGUUCCUGAUACUGUCACUACGUGGGUGGCCGACGCGUUCGCUAUCUCAGAAUCUUCAACUUUCGGAAUAGCCGAGAUGCCUGCAACUGUCUUAGCGUUUCAACCAUUUCUCGUGUCGCUCAGUCUUCCAUAUUCGGUCAUUCGAGGAGAAGAGAUGACUGUGAUCGCUACAGUCUUUAAUUAUUAUCACGAAAAUCUUACGGUGUUGGUGGUACUUGAGAAACAAUUAUCAGAAUUUAGAUUUUACGACGGAGACGGAAGUAAGAGAAAUAUGACUAUAUUAGUUCAGUCAAAAGACAGCGCAACAGUUCGUUUCCAUAUCGUACCUUUACAAUUGGGAUACAUUCCGCUAAAAGUAUCAGCCUAUUCCUCGUUAGAUUCCGACGCAGUGCUGAGGACUCUUUUAGUAGAACCGGAAGGAGUUGAAAAACGUGAUUCUCAAAGUGCUUUUGUUUCUUCAUCAACUAAUUUAGAAUUUCCUCUGGAAUUACCGAAUUAUGUCGUCAAUGGUUCCGCUAGAGUCGUCUUGUCUGUGACAGGUGAUUUUAUGGGUCCCGCCUUAAGCUGCCUUGGUUCCCUUUUAAGAAUGCCAUAUGGAUGUGGAGAACAGAACUUGAUCAACUUUGCUCCAGCCGUCUAUAUCAGAAAGUAUCUCGUAAAAACCGAUAGCCUUACGCCCGCGACGGACCAAAAGAUAAGCAAAAUAAUGAGUACAGGUUAUCAGAGAGAAUUGACGUACCAAAGAAGAGACGGCUCGUACGCUGCUUUCGGAGAUUACAGUAUAAAAGGAAGCUUGUGUCUGACAGCUCUCGUUAUGCGCGUUUAUGCUCAAGCGUUACCUGACAUGUACAUCGAUGUCGAAUCGAUGAGCCGAUCGCUUUGUUGGUUGAUAAAUCAGCAAAGUGAGGACGGAUCUCUGGGAGUGAAGGUCGACGUUGGAACUGGAGGAUUGUAUUGUGCAUCCGGUGGCUCAGAAUUCGUUCAAUUAGAAUUAACGGCAUACAACAUAAUGGCACUUUUAGAAGUGAAACGCAAAUUGAAAAACAAGGAAUUGCAAUGCAAUGAUGGCAACGUUUUUAUCGACGACGUCGCUAGAAAGAGCAUAUCGUUUCUUCUAAAAAACAUUGACAACGUAGUUAACCCGUAUUCUAAGGCGAUGGUAGCGUACGCGCUGGCCAUGGCAAAGCAGGAAGAGUCUGAUACACUCAUCGACCAGCUAUUCUCACUUGCAGACAGAAAAGGCGACACGUGCUUUUGGUCUCUCGGACAGCAAUGUAAACAGUCAUAUAGAUGUCACUACCAACCCUUGAGCAUACAAACGGCCGCUUAUGUAAUUCUGGCAUGUGUGGAGAGAGACAGAGUAGCAGAGGCGGUUUGUGUCGUUUCGUGGUUGAGCGAGCAGAUGGACGGAUGCGGCGGAUAUCGAUCGACUCAAGAUACGGUAUUAGCAUUGUUUGCGCUUUCUGAAGCUGCACGAAAUAUUUAUUCUGAUGAUUCGAUCAACGUGGCUCUUCACGUUACAAUGAAGAAUCACAUAGACAAAACGUUUCAAGUCAACGAUGAUAACAAAAUGAUCACUCAAAGAGAGGAGAUCGUCAUAUUCCAUUCAACCCAUGUAAAAGCACGUGGUACCGGGAGUGGUCAUGUAUUGUUUCAGGCCGAUCUGACCUACAACAUUCCUAACGUCGAUCCAAGCGAAUCGUUCGAACUAAACGUAUCGGUGAAAGCCAAAGCAUUUAACUUAGACGAGAUCACGUUUGACUUGAAUCGAUUCACACGAAACUCACACUACAAAAUCGACGAACUACCGAACUCUGACGAUCUCUCUUGGGAAGAAGAUCCGGAUCUUGACAAGAUAGACAAAGAAAUUGAAAAAGAGAUCGAACGGCAUUCGAGAGAAACAGAGGAGGAGGACAACGAGAGGGGCACGCCCACACAGACCGUUUUAUUCGCAAACGGAACGCAACAACAACAACAACAACCGACAGUCUUGAUUACGAAUGUCUGUUUUAAGUGGAAGAGACUAGAGGAAAAGCCUGGAAUGGUCAUCGUUGAAGUGGGUCUGAUGUCGGGAUUCCAAGCAGACUCGAUAUUACUUCAACAAUUAUUUCCAAAGACAGAGCUCGGUCUGAUGCGAUAUGAAGUUAAACGUCGAGUCGUCACUUUCUAUUUUGAUGAAUUUCCUCAAGACAAGCCGUUAUGUUUCAGUUUUGAGCAAAAACGAAGUCACUGCGUUGUAAACCUUCGACCAGCGUAUGUCAGGGCGUAUUCGUACUACCAACCGGAUUUUAGCAAAACUGUAAAGUACGAUCCUCUUGACGAAAUUUCCAACAACAAUCUAGAAGAAUGUGAUGCAGAGAUUAUGAGUGGAGAUGCAGUUGAAAUAUUCUCUUCUGGAUCAGGUGGAGGUCAAAAGUUUGGUUAGUUAGAAAUUUGAUGAACAUGAAACAACGACAGUGAAACAAUGGUUGUUUUGAAUUUUUCUUUGCUACUGAUGUGUGUCAUUCGUGUUGCAGUCUUUAUGUUUGACUAUUGCUCAGUAGUUUGUGAGAACAUGUAAUUGUUAGCAUGAUAAAACAGCCUUAGUCU